UUUUGUCAUCCGGAUUUAAGACUGCCUUCCCUAUAUCUUGCUGUUGUAUCAAUCAGCAACAUCUUAAGGUAUUAUUGUAUUUGAUGGAUUGUCUGGGCUUUUAUAUCCAAUGAUGAAGCUAAAUUCAUAAAUGUAUUACAACAAUAUUUGGCCUUUUUCAAUCAGUAUCUACUAGAGUAUACAUCACAAUGUUCCUUCGCAAAGUUGUCAGCAAAGUCAUGCGCUCCGAAGGUGCGCUUUACAAAACAACUAUGUUGUUGUCAUAUUUUAUACAGGCCAUCUUUGCCUUAAUACCUAUCACUAAAAUCUGUAUGAUCUAUGAAAUGUUCAUCAUAUUGUGGGUCAUUGCAAUUAUCGGAAUGAGUUAUGAGGCUAUAAGUCAAUAUUUUAUACAAAACGAAAGUGGUCUUAAUAGCUUGAUCAGCAGCAUACUGUUUAUGGCUCAUGUAGUGGGUCAUUUGGCCGUGCUUAUGGAAUCAUGGAAGAUGCGUAAAUAUCGCAUACCCUUGUUUGAAAAAUUUGUUUAUUUGGAGAAGACGAUGGAAGACAACUUCAUAGUGUCCCUCUCUAGUUGGUGGAAAAGCUUAAACAAUAGAGUGGUUGCCUUUAUCUGGAUAUUUAUUAGCAUGUUGAUCUUUGCUCACGGUCUCAUUAUAUGGACAACAUUUAAUGUCGAAUCAAAUGCUGGCAGCCUCUAUUUGUAUUCUUUGCAAAGUUUUCUGGCACUUCAAUUUAAAACAUUUGAAUUCCUAAUUGCUAUAAUACACAUCAAUUAUCAUGCCCAAAGAAUGCGUGAGCUUAUCAACGAAAUUGGGGAACGAAAUCUUGAGAGGAUUUUCGGCAACGUAAUCGUGGGGGAGGAAAAAAUCAUCAAAGUUUACUCUCCCAGGCAGGAACAAGAGGAUGAAGGUCAUAUUGGAAUUUAUAAAACCGCCUAUAAUGAGCUAUAUGCAACAAUAUGUCUAAUCAAUGCAGCCUAUGGCUGGUCUCUGCUAACACUUACUGCAGUUUACUUCAUUGAUUUUGUUUGCAACACAUUUUGGAUACUUGUGGCCCUCUUGGAUGUUAAUCGCAACUAUUAUGUCCUGCUACAAAAUGGUUGUUUUGCAUUGUUGGCCUUUAUGCUAUUGUCCUUUAUGUGUUGGUACUGUGACAAGGCCGAUUACGAGAGCCGCUAUAUAGGAUGUUUCAUUUCGAAAUUGGUCAAACAACCUUUGGGCAAUAAGCGUUACAAUGAUUUGGUGAGCGAGUUCUCGAUUCAAACGCUACACCAACGUUUUAUUAUAACAGCCAAGGAGUUUUUUACCUUAAAUUUGGGUCUAUUGGGCAGCAUGGUUGCUGCUAUUGUCACCUAUUUGGUCAUUCUCAUUCAAUUCAUGUUUACGGAGAAAAAUAAUCGUCAACGCAUACAUGAGGCUAAAAUGUUGGAAACUACCACAUCCAUGGCAAUAAUUGCAUUACAAAAUGUUACGGGUUUCAACGACAAAUAUCCCACAGUAGCAGACAAUUUAAACGAUAUCGCCAGGGCCGUAAAUCAUACAGUUUUGGCCAAUAUAAAAAAUUAAGCCAAUUUAGAUGUUAUUUAUAAAAAAGAAAAACCUUUGAGCAUCACAAAAUUGUUAAAGUUCUAAUAGACACCUAUAUAUGAUAUGCAGAUAUACUAAUAGCACUUGCUUGUUCCAAAAUGUAUGCAUCCGAGAAAUUUUAGCAUUUUCUUUAAUACCAAAAUUUUAUAAAUUUGUCUGUGUUAUCAAAUAGAUAACAACCAAUAAGUAACAAUUAUGUAUUAGUUCUUUAGAAACAGUGAAUGUGGGUUUGCUUCUUAACAAGUUCAUUAAUAGAACAGUAAAUCGAUCUAUUGAGGCAGUUUGAAUGAUCAAUAUCACUCACCUGGGUCCUAAUUCUCGCUUCCGUUAUCAAGCGAGUUUUCGUUCGAAGAUAAUUUCCGUUCCAUAAUUUCAAAUUGAUCAUGACUUACGAAAGUUAUCGAUUUCGGGGAAGAAUAAAUCGAUUCGCCGAGCAUUUUUUGCUAUUUCAAAGGUAAACAAAGCAUAUGGUAUUUGGUAAAAAAGUUAUAACUACGUAAAAAACAAAACACUUUUUAAACAAUAUGCAAGUGCAAUGUUUUUAACGAUAUGUUACUCAUUUUACACUAUAAAUUGUUGUUUUAUGUAAAAGAGGAAAA